AUGCUGACUCUCCUAAUCCUGAUGACUCGACUGUCUUUGUCGGAAUCGUUCGGGGUGACGACUCCUCGGAUUUUUCGCCCUGCACCUUGCCGCCACACCCAUCGACCUUUGAAAACGACGCUGAGACACAGCACGUUGCCAUCGGAAACCGAGAAAGGCCUACUCUUACCGUCCUGGGAGACGCUACCCUUGCGCCGUCCACGGCAAUCCCGCGAUGCAUUGGAUACGGUCGAACUCGUCGUCGGCCGAAUCGCCAUGAUCGGUGCGCUCUCCUUACUAGCGGGGGAAAUUCUCAACGGAGAAAGCAUAUGGGAACAAGUUGUCGAGAGUGUGUCCCGAUUCUCGUAA